AUGUCAUUCCGUCUUUUAACUCGUUCCGCUGUCCAAAGAAAUAUUGUUAACAAUAUUAUAAGAAGAAGUAAUAUUUCUUCCUCAAGAAACAGUAUAAUCUCAUCCUCUAUCAAAUUAAGUUCAACUUUUUUGAAUAGACAAUUUUCUAGUUCCAUCACUAGGUUCGAUCAAUUAUCCAAUAACGUUGCUAGUAUUUUGAAAUCAGAAUACAAUUUGGAAUCAGAUGCUCUAAAAAACUCUGAUGAAACAAUUACAGAAACAAAUACAAGUAUUAAUGAAUAUUUAACUAAAUAUUCAUUUGAACUAGUGGAAUCAAAGGGUGUCAAUGUACAAGAGAUUGUUAAGAGAACAGACAAAGAAACCAUUAGAGUGUUUUUUGAUAUUGCACAAGUGGCAAAUUUACCAUAUGAUCCAGUUAUGAAUGAUGAGGCUACUGCUCAAAAUGAAAAUGGUGAAUCUUCUAACUUGGUAAAUGAAGAUGAUUUCAAUUCUUUAGCCGAUAAUUUCGCUAAUGUUAACGUUGUCGUUACUAAUAACGCUAAAAAAACUGCUGUUUCUUUCGAACUGUUAAUGAAUUUGGCAGAAGGUUCUUUCUAUGUUGACAGCGUUACUCCAUUUGAAACUGAAACUGCUGCAUUAGACAGAACUGCAGAUUCUGAAGUUAAAAGGGAGUUGGCUUACCAUGGCCCACCAUUUACUAACUUAGAUGAAGAGUUACAGGAAGCUCUAGAAGUCUACUUAGAAAGUAGAGGUAUUACCAGUGAACUAACUUCUUUCAUUACAGGAUACUCUGAAUUGAAAGAAAAUACAGAAUAUAUUUCAUGGUUGAAUAAUAUGGCUAAUUUUUUUGAAAAAUAA